AUGGCUUGCCCAGUCAUCGGAACAACAAACGACGUGCUCCCACCAAACCACCCUUCUGUCGACCUUAGCAAAGAUGGACAGACUUGCCCCGUCGUAGGAGCAACCACGAACCACCACCACAACCUACACACACACCCCUCCAUCCCUGGGAUACUCCCUGCCAAUUCCACCACGGCAACGCAGUGCCCCGCCCUCAAGUCUGCCGUUAACGGCCCCAGGGCCCAAGAAAUGGACGACGCCCUCUGCCCGGUUGUUGGGACUGCUACAACAGUACUCCCACCUGAUCAUCCAGAUAUGUUGAAGGCGAGCGCGGGAGACGUGUGCCCGGUGACCAAAGCGACGGUUGGGCAUCAUAAGGAUAAGGUUGUUACACAUCCGAGUGUAGCAGGUACAGCUGAUGGAGCUGUUUGUCCAGUCACGGGCCAGAAACACUUGGCAUAG